AUGGAUACAAGUGCAAAUUAUCCAGCAGAAUUAGCUAACCUCAGACUACAGUUAAAACAGGCUAAAAUUGAACUACAAAGUGAACAAGAUCAAGUAUCACAACUUCGACGCAGACUGAAUACAGCUGAAAAGGAAAGACUGGAGUCAGCUAGCAGGUCCAAUAUAGAGGUUGCUUCAUUAGAAAGUCAACAAGCUAGAUUAAGAACUCAGAUUGAGAAAGGGGAAGCCAAUAGGCAUAAUGUAGAAUUUGAACUAACAAGAGUAAAACAAGAAUGGAAUCAGUAUAAACAAGCACAAGUUGAUAGAGAAACUCUAUUAUUGACCACUAAUGAUGAAUUAAAAGAAAAAGUAAGAAGUUUAAGUGAUGAAGUACAAUGUUUACAGAAAAAAACUCAUUCAUUAAAAAAUAUACAUGAAGAAUCAGAAAGGAGAUAUACAAAAGAUGUAGAUGAAAAGAAUAAUUUACUAGCCAGAUACCAUGCUGAACAAGAUGUAUUGAUAGCAGAAAGAGAUAAACUCAAUGCUUUAGUAAUGGAACAAGAGAUACUACAAGAUACAAUAUUAACUUAUCCCAUUGAAGGAAGUGUAAAGUUAUCUGUUAAAGGUCAUGUUUUCUGUUGCAGUGUUUUAGCAGAAUUAUCAGAAAGAGUCAAAGAUCAUGAUUCUGAUAUGAAGAAUCAUACUGAAAAUUUAAGAAGAACUUUAACAGAAUUAGAUUAUUCUAAAGAAAGAGAAGCAAGACUUAAAACUGAUCUAGAGACAGCAUUACAGAGAAAUAAAUCAUUAGAAGAAAACAUUGAACUAGAAAGAGCUGCACAUUUAGAAACCAAGUUUAAUUCUGAAAUUGUUCAGUUGAGAGCACGAGAUCUAGAAGGCGGGGUUGAAGUCGAAAAAUCAGCUAACUUUGAGGCUACCAAAUCUAUUGAAAGGUUGACUAAACAACUUAGAGAAAUAGAACAAGCUUAUGAAGAAGAAAGAAGAACUAAAAGAGAUGCCAUACAUAAGCUAGACAAAACUGAAAAAGACUAUGUUAAUAUUAGAAGACAGUUGACUAGUGAAGUUGAUGAUAAAAAACAUGUUAUAAAUAAAUUAUCUAAAGAAUUAGAGAUCCACCAGAAAAAUUUCAAUGAAGUAAAAGAAGAGCUCAGCAAGAUGUGUGAUAAAACAACAACCAAAAUUUGUCACUCCAGAAAAUUUCCUAAGGCCAGGAAGAAACAAAUACAUUUAGAAGAGAAUUAUAAUGGAACUGUUAAAGAAUUAGAAUUAAUCUUACAAACAUUUGGCACCAGUGAUAAACCUAAAAAACCUGUCUUUAAUAGAACUAAGAAAGAAGAUGGUAAAAUAAAGAAAGCAUCACCUAAUCCUGGUGAAACAUUAGAAUCUAUUAAAAAUGUUUUUAUUGAUAAUAAAAAGAAUCUUGAUACAGUUACAGAAGAGAUGAAUAAAUAUAAGAAGACUUGUGAAUCUCAGAAUAAAGAGUUGAAGAAUAAUAGAGAACUAAUACAAGCUAAAGAUAAAGCUAUUGAGGAGACCCAAAAGAAUUAUACCAGGACAGCUAAAGAAUUGAACCGAGUUAGAAGUGAUUUUGGUGAACUAGAAGGUGUUUUAGCUAGAAUGCAGAUUGAUUUACAGACGACAUCAGCCUAUUCUGAUAGAGAUAGAACUAGAAUACAAGAACUGUCAGGAGAGAUAAUGAAGUUGGUACAGAAACAGAAAGUAGAAGAACAGGAUAGAGUCAACUAUUUACAUGGUUUAUAUCAACUAUUAUUAUCUGGUAGGAUUAUAUGUGGUCCAUCUGGGGGAGGAGACAAACCCUACCCUAAAGCUACAUUCACCGAUUUAUCUGAUUUGAUAUAUCAACAAAUAACUACAUUAAUAUCUAUGUUAGAACAAGCUGAUAAUAAGAUCCUGACGCUGGAGGAUGCUUUACAGAGAAAAGAUGAGACUUUGAAAGAAAUACAGAAUUCUAGUGAAGACCAGAUUAAUAAACUAUCAGUGCUAACCAAGGAAAGAGAACUCUCAUGGCAGAAACAGAAAGAGGAAAUAGAAACACAUUAUUCUAAUUUAUUAGGAGAUCUUCAAUCUAGAUCAAAGAAAAACCAAAGUAUUGCUGACCAAGCUUGGGAGAAAGUGAGAGCAACAGGAAAUGUUCAACAAGGUCUUCAAUCUGAGUGUUUUGAUCUUUCUAACAGACUUCAAGAAGCUCAAAACCAAAAUUCAGCUCUUUUGGCAGCUUGUGCUCUUCUGAGUGGUGUACUCUUUCCUUUACUAAAUCGCUCAAACCAACUCUCCUCACAACGACAUAUAUUUGAAGAACAGAUGUCAAAUUGGGACAUGGCAACCGAAAGAGUGUUGUACCUCGUUAAUUUGCUGAAUUCUGAGCUUGGUGGUAAAUCAUCACCCAAAAAGACAAAAGUUCAACCUUAUAAAAGACAUCCAUUAUUGGUAUUCCGUGUUGGUGUUAUAACUGUCAUGGCCGCCAAUAGGUUGCGAUAUUUUGGUUUAUGCACAACUAGUGCCUUUAUGACAUAUGAUAGUAUUUGUUCUGGUAAUAGUUUGUUGAUUUGUACUGGUGGGGUGAAGCCUGAAACACACUUAUUUCAAGGUCAGGGCGAUGAAGACUAUGAGGAUGGUAAUACAUCUAUCAAAGUUGGAGAGAGUAGUUUACUAGAAUGGUUAUCUAGUCCUAAUUUACUAGAAAUAGUUCUUACUUCAAUGACAGAUCUUCAAAAAGUUGCUGGUCAAAUUGAAAGCAAGAAUAAUCCAAUAGAGACCAGAGCAUUGGUAGGAGCUGCUAGAGGAUCAUUAAGUAAAUUAUUAGAAAGAUUAUCAGCUCAGUUUCCAGCUUGUUCUUCUAAAUCAUUAGUAUCAUCAUCUAGAGAUAGACACUCUACUGUUAAACUGUUAAAUAGAUGUUUAACUCGUCAUCUAGCCACUAAACCACUUGGUGAAAAAAGUAACUUAGCUUCAUCUCAUGAUUUGAUGAUGGCAUUACAGAAUAAUGUAUUAGAUCUAACCAGUAAACUACAUAAACUAGAGGUAGAGAGAAAUGGUUUAUUAGAGGAUAUAAAGAAGUUAAAAACACCUGUACCUGUAGAAAGUGAUCUAACUAGUAACAAUAUCAUAGAUGUUAGUAAAAAAUCAUCAGAGACCUCCCCCAAUAUUCAGUUUGUUUCUAUGGAGAAAUUUGAAAGGGUUUGUGAGGAGUUGAAUAGUGCUUUACAUAGAGAACAACAAGCUCAACAUUUAUUACAAGAACAAAGUCGACAGUUAACAGAGUUAUCUACAAGAUUAGAGAUGUAUGCUACAGAUGGUGAAGAGAAACGUCAUACUUUAUCUGCAGCUGCUCAGGAUCUGUCAGAAAUCAAGAGUGAAUUAAGAAGAAAGGAACAGACAAUAAGACAACUAAAUAAACAGACCAUGCAAUAUGAAUUUGAUAAGAAAUCAUUUGAAGGAAAUUUAACAGAUGCUGAAAAUGCUUUGAGAACGGCUGCCAAAGAUAAAGAAGUUCUAGCUAACUAUAUCAGAUCAGUAGAAAAAGCUUUACUUGAGGGUAAAAGACAGUUCCGUCAAUCACCAGAAGGUCGUGAAGUUACUUUAUCUCAGUUACUAUUAAAUACUGAUCUAAUACCUAGUGAUAUCAGUAAAGCUGGUCCAGAAUUAAUAGCUUGUCAGAAUCUGGUAGCAGCCUUUAUUGAUGUGUAUCAUUCAGCUACAUCUAAAAUCAAAUCACUAGAAGAAGAGGUGGUAGCACAUAGACAACAUGUGGAGGCUAUGAAACGAGAACUUAGUGAUACUAUACAUAGAGAAUAUACUAAUCAGAUACCUCUAACAACUCCAGACCAGUAUGAUUUAACUAGAUCAAUGUCACAGAAUGAUUUUAUGCCUCUCAGGGAAGAUUCGGAAAUAUCAUUCUGUUUGAGUAAAGCAAAUACCCCUGUCACCAGAAAAACACCAUCUAAGAAAAUUACGUCACCUGGUAAAAGACAGUUUGGUACACCUAAAGCACAUGGCACCAAAUCCAGGACAAGUUCAGCGAAGAAGUCUUAG